AGUGCGACGCAAGACGUCACUGGCUUGAACGGGAAGGUCAAUAGUAGUGGAGCGAGCGCCCGUUUUUCGCUUUGGGUUUCCGGCGCGUGCGCUUGGCUGUCUAGGUGCCGCGGAUCGUAGCCCGAUUCUAACCUCUGAUGCCUGUGUUUUAGCUCAGCCCCGGCGCCCACAUGCUGUGCCGGCUUGGCUGUAGGUGGCUGCGGCCGCUGCCUGCACUGCAGUUAGGAAUCCGGGUCCCGCCUCUUGCGCCAACCUCGACGGGCGGCAUUAAGCACUCUGCUCUGCCCGCUUGGGCGGUGGCGUCAGUCUCUGCAGUGGGCUCCGGCGGCCCUGGCAGCUGGUACGAGGCCCUGGCCACGUCGGCGCCGGUGCAGGGCGCGGAGGAGGUGCUACUCGGCGUGCACACCGCCACUGGCCUGCCUUGGUGGGCCUGCAUCGGCCUCACCACCGUGGCUCUGCGCGGCGCCGUCACUCUACCCCUGGCCGCCUAUCAGCACUACAUCCUGGCCAAGGUGGAAAAUUUGCAGCCAGAAAUAAAAAACAUUGCAAGGCAUCUUAACCAAGAAAUUGCAAUUCGUGCAAAUCAGUUGAAAUGGUCCAAAAGAGCUGCAAGACUCACUUAUCUAAAGAAUAUGCGGAGGCUUGUUUCAGAGCUGUAUGUUCGGGACAACUGCCACCCUUUCAAAGCCACUGUGUUGGUCUGGAUUCAGUUUCCAAUGUGGAUCUUCAUGUCCAUUGCCCUCCGGAAUUUUAGCACAGGAGCAACACAUUCAGAAGCAGGUUUUUCUGUUCAGGAACAGUUGGCUAAUGAUGGGAUCCUGUGGUUUCGUGACCUCACUGCACUAGAUUCCACUUGGAUUCUGCCUAUCUCUGUUGGUGUCAUCAAUUUACUAAUAGUGGAGAUUUUUGCUCUGCAAAAAACUGGAAUGUCUCGGUUUCAGACGUAUAUUACGUACUUCGUUCGUGCAGUAUCAGUGUUGAUGAUUCCAGUUGCUGCGACAGUACCUUCAGUGACAGCCACAAAAGAAAGCCACCUCGUAAGAGCUUUGAACUAUCAGUGGCUGCAAUGCCGACAAAGCAAACUGAAAUAAAUGAACCAAACGUCAUCAGAUAAGGACAGACAUUGUCACGGAGAGGAAUGGUGACUCUUGAACAAAAACAAAAGGAAUGAUGAAAAAAUCUUUAUUCAGUAAUUGUGUUGCAUUGUUAUUUUGGAACUCUUAUUGUUAGGUAAAAUAUAUAACGUCUAUUGGGUAUCUUAAGUUUUCUUUGGAUGCUGUAACACAUUCCUUUAUGGCACUUAGGCAACUAAGAGGAAGAUGUUAUUGACUAUAUUUGUUGGAGAUUUAUUUUAAAAAUUUGUAAGUGAAGUAUAGUUGAUGUACAGUAUCAUAUUAGUUUCAUGAUAUUGCAGCACAGUGGAGAUACAUAAGAUAAAUUCUUUUCAAGUUUUUCUUUUAAGAUAGCUUCAGGGAUCACCCCUGAGAAAGAAAGUGGUCCCACAAAGAGGGUCCUGCCUCCCUGCAGUUCACCACCACCGUACUCAGAAAGCCUAGCCUUCAUACCUAUUUGACUUAAGACCUUCCACGAUCUCAGUUAGGAACUAUACAUAAAAGCAUUUUGGUCCUGGUUGAUUUCCAUCCAUAGGAACAUAAGACCCGGCCAAUACCACAAGGGGAAAAAAUUUACCAGCUUGGCAAUGGCAGCAAAAUUCCCACAAAUCAGCUAAACCAAGAAAGUGCUUUCAUACUGAGGCCUUGCCUAGUUCUUAGAGCCAUAACCUUAUGCUCUUCUGUAACUUGAACAUGAGGGAGAUCCUGAUACAAUUGCCCCAAAGGAAUUGCAGAGAGAACCCUGGCCCCUUGCGUUCGAUCACAGACUGCCUUCUUGAACGCCCUGUGUUUUGGUAAGUUUUACAAAGUCUUACCUUUAAUUACCUAGUCCUAUACUGCUGGUUUUGUUUAAUAAAAUGAGGACUUCUGGGUGUUGGGGAACAAAAGCGCUGACAGAAAGACCUGAAAUAAAACUAAAAGUACUCCUAGAAAACAUCACUUCUACUGAGGUAUUCAAUCUAAGGUAACAAGACAUUUCUAUCCUUGAAAGUCUCUGCUAGACUCCAGAGGGCCAAGAAUUUCAUGAAAAAAGAGGCCUCCGGGGAAAGUGCCCAAUUUCUAUCUUUUCCAUUUCUAGGAAAUAUCACAAGCACACUUCUCUCCCUUUGCAUCCCUGAUAAGGCAGUUUACAUUUGUUUUGCCUUGGUUAGGAAAGCAGCACUGUAUUUAAUUUAGCUUUGAUUUUUGUCUUCUGGCUAAAUUGUAGCUCUCCAGGGAAAUUUAAAAAUGCAUUAUGAAAUACACCUAACUCUAUUCCUUUCAUUGCAGCUGCAUUUCUGCAUAUUCCAACCGUAGUACAAAUAAUUUGAGGGAUUUCUUCUAAUUACAACCUCAAGCCUCCUGGAUCUUCUGUGAGUGAUGGCUGCUUCUGAGGGUAAGGAGUAUUAAAAAUGUAAAUUCUUUAUCUAUGAGAGAGCUAACAGCUUCAUAUUCCAUGCUAUUUAAAAUUUAUCCUAUAUGUUGCUACAGGUAGGAACCCUCAUAAAAUUUUAUUAUAGAAGCUUCUGUUGUGCUUGACUUUCCUAAUAAAACGUCUCUGGCUAUAUCCAGCCUGAUCACCAGCCCUUUCUGUCAUGUAUUCUCCAGAAUUUUUCUUCUUCUCAUCUAGGCUUCCUUUUUCUUAACUAAGUCUUCCACUGUGCCUCUACUCUCCCAAACCUUUCCUCUGUUCUUACGUCCAUUAUACAGUAAACAAAAUUCUCCUUGCAACUCAGGAUGAUGGAAGGUGAAAGACCUUUAAUUUUUAUUAGUAGAUCAUUAUUUCCCUACUCAUAUGUAAGAAAACCUUUCUGUAUACACACCAACUGGAUCUACCACUACCUGCGCUGGUUUCUGGCAUCUAUUGGCCGUCUGGUCACCCCUGUCAUUUACUGGCUUCCUCUCUAUCUUCAGGGCUGCCAUCACAGUGGAUGACUUCAGUAGCUAAGUGGACGUCUUGUUAGGUUAGGCAGUUUGUUAGGUUCCUAACAGGAUACCUGGAGGUCACUAAUGAAGAAGUCAUGGCCAGCUAUGGGGAAGGUCAGAGGCCUGUCCUGGCAGCACUCCACAAGAAGCAGGAUCAAACCCGACAGGCCCAAGAUGGCAGAUGCCAUGAAAGGAGACCCUUGGCCAAAUCAGGAAGAAAAAGCUCAGAAACCCUGCUUCCCCACCACUACCCAAGUAAUAAAUAUUCUGCCACCUACUUCACUGUCAAUAAAAGAUAGAAACCCGACCGCCCGCGUACACAGCUCCCUCACUGGCCAGCUUAACCUCCCCUUCUCUCUCUCUGUCUUUCCCUCUUUCCUUCUUUCUCUGUGUCCCUCUCUUCCCCCUUUUCCCUCCCUUCAGCUCGCCUGUCUCCUAUCUCAAAAGCGUACUUUUCGCUUUAAUAACCUUUGCUGCUUGUGUUACUCAUCUGC